AUGCUUUCACAAAUCAUUGAGGCAGAUAAGCAGAUGUUCAUUCUUGCAAGCAACAACCUCAUGGGACGUCUAACGGCCUCGCCAGGGGGAGAUGGCAAAGGCAAGAAGGGAAAGGACAAGGGGAACAAGGGCUGGUGCCUGAAGGUCCCUUCCAUUGAGUGCGUCCAUCAGUGGAGGGAGCGACGGGGGCGCAUUGCAAACUGGGGCCAAAUCACGAGUGAUGAUCUCUUGACCUUGUUUGAUAUGCUCCCUCAGGGAAAUCUUCAGAAGGGUCAGAGAGAAGUGAAACAGUCCUUCGUAACCGGCUGUUACUCCCAAGGUGGAUUCCGUGGGUUGCGUAAGGAGUGUGCAGAGUUUCCAUACGCAAGUCGUGUCAUGACCCGCUUUGUGCAGGAGCGUCUUCCAGGUCAUGUUUUCUCCACAUGUGGCAUUUUUGCAGACAGUCUCACGCCUUUGCAUCGUGACGGCCGCAAUGCGCAGUGGCCGAAUGCGGUUUUUCGCUUGAGUGAUUUUAAGGAGGGGGGCUUAUGGAUAGAGGGCCGUGGGGACGAUGUUCGAGUCUUCAAUUCUAAAGAGCUGGUUGGAGCGGUUCACGAAAUUGGGGACGAUCCGCUUAUCUUUGAUGUAGAGGCAGCGCACCAAUUGAACUUCGUGCUACCUCCUGAGGUGCCGUUGCCUGUGCAAACGGCGCAGCUGGGAGAACGGCUCAUAGUCUUGAAGCGAAACUUGGCGGUGGCGCGAGUGAAGCAGGAGGUGAAGAGAUGCAGUGAUGCUGAGGCGGAGCUUCGCAAGGCCAUGCACCCGGCAGUGGCUAAGGUUAUGAGCGGCAAAUCCAUUUUGGCGUUGGAAUCUUUACUCAAGUCCGAGGGCUAUGACGAUCUUGAAGUCAUCGGUUUCUUAAAAGAAGGGGUAAGGUUGGUCGGAACUUCCCAAUGCCCAGAAUGCUUUGAUCGUAAGUUUGUCCCCGCUUUCUUGACAGAGACGGAGCUCAUGGCCUCAGCGGCCACCAGACGAAAGUCCUUGUUGAGUAAGUUCGAAAAGGUAGACCCGGAGGAGGCACGGAUCUUGAAGGAGGCCACGGAUGAGGAAGUGGCCAUGGGCUUUUUGGAGGGCCGAGCGCACAAGGAUGCAUCGGAGUGGAAGGGCAAAACACUUGACCUCAGCAAAGCUUACAAGCAACUUGCUAUCCAUCCGAGUAGCGCAGAAAACGCAGACUCCACGGCGAGUGCAUUCUUGGAUGCCCUAGGAUGGCGUCACGCCAAGACGGGCGCAAAAGGCAUUGGUCUAGCCGCCCACGAUUGCUUCAGUGGAACAGGCUGGGUCUUCACAGGAAAGGUCCCGUUGCAGUUGCUUGAAUCUUGGAAAGCAGAGGUAGGAGAGCAACUCAUCUGCGAGAUCGAGAUGUUUGCUGUGCUAGCUUCCCUGCUGCAACUGAAUGCUCUUGUGUCGUCUCGCCGCAUAGUGUGGUGGGUUGACAACGAUGCAACCAGAGGUGUCAUGAUCAAGGGCGCCAGCCGCAGUUGGGCCAUGCACACUUUAGCCCGAGUGUUCUCUGAGCUCGACAGAGAAUGGCCAUCCAUGUGGUGGGUUUGCAGAGUCCCAUCCUACUCCAAUCCGGGGGAUGCGCCGUCGAGAUACCAAGGAGAGGAGUCUUUGGUGACGGUCGGAGCAUCUUGUGUGCAACCCUUCUCGAGACUUGAAGAGCUUGUUGGAAGGAUCCAGGCCUUCAACCGAGCGUGA